UGAAGGUGAAGGACGUGUGCAAUUUGUUGGUGUUUGCGAUUGAUCUAAAAUUUAUGGUGAGCUGCAAUCAAAAUGGCAGACACCUCAGCUCCAAAAGAAGGUGGUGAACCCAUAGUGUUAGAAACUCCAAUGGAUUUUUUAACUAAGCUCCUUCCAGCCAUGCAACAACAGCAGCUGGAAGCAAUCACAGCCCUAGGAGAAAAAUUUUCUACUUCCUUGAACAGCCUCCGAGCCGAUGUUUUAAACAAUGAUAAUAACUUCCAUGUGGACCGCAGUGGAGACAAUUCUCCUGGUCUAAGUCAUGGUGCAGAUAAACAAAAUGAAGCAAAUGCUUCCAUAUCUGCAGAUCACCCUAGAGGAAGGAAAAGAUCCAGGUCUUCAUCAGCAGAAACUUGCCUCAGUCAUGUAGAAUCUAGUUCUUCUACUAGGAGGCCUAGUAAAAAAGAUGUUGAUGCCAUAAGUACAUCAGCAUCCAACCAGUUAGAGGACCCAGACCAAGAUGUCUGGUCUGACCUCAUCAAAGAGUAUAACGAUGAGGACUCCUUUGGCACAGAAGUAGCUCCACCUUUAGCAUCUAUGGCUAAACUCAUGUGGUCGAAGAAACUUACCAAUGAAAAAUUGAAAGGCAGACUAGAAAAAGUCCAAAUUCCCACGAAUUGCCGUUUUUUGUCUGUAAAGAGCUGCAAUAAACCUAUAUGGGCCAAGGCAGACAGGAAAAGAUCAAGUGAUCUGGUAUUGCAGAAACUGCAAACCACUGUUUCGAAAAGCCAAGUGCAUAUCUUACAAUUGGCAGACCAAAUUAUUAAGGCACCCAAACAAGGAAACCUUAUUGUAAUAGAACCAUCCAUUUUAUUAAAUUUGGCUAAAGAUGCUCUUUGUCUAAUCGGUAACGCCAACCAGCAGCUAAAUCAGUAUCGAAGAGUCGGAUUAAUCGGUGCAAUGCCUCACCUAAAAGGAUUGGCAAAGGAUGUGUCUGAAGAAGACUUGUUGCUGUUUGGAGAUGAUUUGGACAAAAGAAUCCAAUCAUUGCAAGAUGAGGAGAAUGCUAUUAUUCCUCCUCUGCAAAGUAUAACCAGUCAAAAAACGAGAAGACCUUCUCAAAAGAUCGAAACCACUCCCUGA